AUGGCCAGUAAUAAUCCUUACAUAGUUGUGCUUGUGUAUCCCAAUUGCCGCAUGUUUAACGGCGACAACGGGAUCACAUUUGAGUGCAAGGAUCCGACAUUGUUUCGCACUCAACGUGUGAAUACCUUGUCGGAUUUGAAGAGUUUGAUACUGAGCAAGCUCGGAGGUACAGUGGCGAGAGAAAUCGGAAGGGUGGCGUAUAGGUUAUUGGCCCCCAUGGGUAAUGGAGUCUUUCGAUUUCGACUAUUCCAACUUCAAGGGAACGAGCAUGUGCGAGUGAUGUUCAAUAUACAUGGGAGGAUCAUGGUGGAGCAAGUAAUGGAGCUGUCUGCAGAGGUGGGGCACAGUGGCAGUGGUCCUUCUAUACACUCGACUUAUGUCCAGGACGACCGACCUCUCGCACCACUACCCAUUCAUGCCGCCGUUCCAGUGGAUGAGGCGGAGGAGGGUGAGGAGGAGUCGGAUGAGGAUUACGUGGCGGAUAGUGGUGAUAGCGAAUCGUCCGAUGGUGAAGAUGAGAAUGAGUGUGUUCCGGAGACACCCGUUUCGACUGCCCCCCGCCAUGUCCUGCCUCCCCCUCUUCCGAUAUCGGCGCUUUUGGCAGUUCCUUCUCACUAUCAUAGUCUGGAUUUGGACGCCAUGCACGAGAGGACUCCGUUUCUUGACACAGGUGAAGAGGAUUACAACCUAAACGGCAGUGUAGAGUUUCGGGUCAGACACAAGUUUAGAACCCAAGAGGCAGUGCUUCAAGGUGUGAAGAGCUACAGUAUUCGGAGGAGUGUGGAGUACCGAGUGAUAGAAUCAGACCGGUUAAAGUACCAUGUGCAGUGCUGUCAAGCUGAUAAUGGGUAUUAA